UGGGAGGUGAGCCACCUGAUGGGUUCUGACCCGACUGGAUGGUUCAGCCUGGUUCAGAGCAACCAAUCAGCUCUCAAUGCCAGCUCGCUGCUGCAGAAGUCCUCUGUUUGGGUAGUGGUGGGGGCAGCCAGGGCUCGCAACAGAGGAGUGGGACUGUCAGAAAGACCUUCAGUGGAGAAUUGGCCGCCAUACGCAGGCACUCCUGCUGUAUAUCAGUCAAACUACAGGCCGAUGCUCUGUUGAAUCUGAUUGGUCGAGCCAGGCCAGUGUUCAUGCAGUGUGUGUUUGCUAAGACAGACAGCGGUAGCGGAUGUUUUGACGUCCCUGCUCUCAGAGUCCAGCUGCACUCUGCACACAUCCUCCCCGCCCUGCAGCUCUACCACACAGGUUAUUCGGAACACGUGACUUUGAGUGACUUCAGGUGUCGUUUCCAGGCUCUGUCUCCUCUGGUCAUGAAAAGGUGUUCAUGAAACGAGGUGUGUUAAAGUACUUGGGAGCAGCAGAGAGACAAGCUGGUCAGUGAUUGGCUGGUACAGCUACAUGCUGCCUGUAUGGGACAUCUGGCUAGACAACAAUGCCGCAAAAUGAAGGCGUCUGACCUAUGACCUCUAACCCCUGACUGCUAACCCAGGUGCAGCAGAUGGCUGUGAGGUGUUUCCAGAGUAACAUCCGUACUCAGAUGUGUGGCCAAGUGGAUCUGGUGGAAACUGCUGUGUAGAGUGCGCCCCCUACUGGAUGUUAACAUUGACGAUCAGAGACUCAGAGCCAAGGAGGAUGAGAUCAUGGCUCUGAGACAACGUCUGGAGAAGUCUGAGAGGGAGAGGAACGAGCUGAGACAGACCACUGACAUCCCGGAGACCAAGGCUCAUCUGGACCAGUGUAAGGUCACCAGGGGGGCGCUGGAGAAACAGUUGGAGGAGGAGAAACAGAAAGUCUAGAGCAGAGAGUUCCGGGGGGCGGCCCGUCAGGAAGUCCAGGAUCCAGUUGCAGAGGGAGGUGUUCAGUCCCAGGGUCCUUAGCUUAUUGAUGAGGUUUGAGGGCACUAUGGUGCUGAACGCUGAGCUGUAGUC